AGACAAUCCACCCAAUUACAGGCAGAGUUAAGGCAAAUAUUAAUUCCACAAAUGAAGUGGAACGAACUUCAACAUAUAUACCUUCUGCAUUUGUAAUAACCAAAACCACAUGAUAAUAUAUAUAAUGAAUGCUUCAAAGCUCCUCAUGUUUAGUGCUAUUGCACUUAUACUUGUCUCUGUAAUCUUGGCCUCCGACUCUGAUGAUGAGAAUGUGUUUAAACCAGCUCCUAUACCAGGGUCCCAAGAUGUCCUCUCUAAAGCUGAGUUAAUCCAACUGAAAGGAGCAUUUGGAGCAGAAAGUGUUGCUUUUGAUCCAAAUGGUGAAGGACCCUAUACUGGUGUUGCCGAUGGCCGCAUUCUUAAGUGGCAACCACAUUCUCAAACUUGGGUUGACUUUGCAGUCACCUCUUCCCAAAGGAAGAAUUGUAGCAGGCCUUCUGCUCCUGAAAUGGAGCAUGUAUGUGGAAGACCGCUGGGCUUACGAUUUGAUCAUAAAACUGGGGAUCUCUACAUUGCUGAUGCCUACUUUGGACUCCACGUUGUGGGACCUACUGGUGGAUUGGCUACCCCACUUGUCCAAGAUUUUGAAGGCCAACCUCUUCUCUUCACAAAUGAUCUGGACAUUGAUGACGACGACGAUAUUAUUUACUUCACGGAUACAAGCACAAUCUACCAGCGCAGGCAAUUUGUUGCUGCGACUGCAAGUGGAGAUAAGACAGGCAGGCUGAUGAAAUAUAAUAAAUCAACAAAAGAAGUAACAGUUGCACUAGGAGGCCUAGCUUUUGCAAAUGGUGUAGCCUUAAGCAAAGACCGGUCUUUUCUACUAGUAGCUGAAACUUCUGCAUGUAGAAUACUAAGGUAUUGGCUUAAAGGUCCUAAUGUGGGAAACCAUGAUAUAUUUGCUGAGUUGCCAGGAUUUCCAGACAAUGUUAGAAUAAAUUCAAGAGGGGAGUUUUGGGUUGCUUUGCAUGCAAAAGCAUCACCUCUUGCACGAUUAAUUAUAUCCAAUUCGUGGCUCGGAAAGACAUUGUUAAGGGAAUUCAACUUCCAGCAACUGCACAACUUGUUAGUCGGAGGACAGCCACAUGCUACUGCAAUUAAGCUAAGCGAGGACGGGCGAGUUUUGGAGGUUUUAGAAGAUGUUGAAGGCAAGAUUUUGAGGUUUAUUAGUGAAGUUCAUGAGGAGGAAAGUGGCAAGUUGUGGAUCAGCUCUGUUAUCAUGUCCUCUUUAGGAGUUUAUGAUUUGUCUUAAAGAAAUAUAAACCACUAUUCUCUACUAUUGUUUUAGUAACUUUGUUUUUAAAUUUUUUUUAAUUUCUAAUGAUAAACUUUUUUA